AUGAAUCAAGUCAGCGAACUUCGGAGGUUUGAGACGCCGAUCGACUACCAGGCGGAUAAGGACAGGCUGAGUAAAUUUUUGCUUUUCCACGAGGAGGACGGUGAGCUUACCUAUGCGAACCGGCUGAGGGAGGCUGGAGGCAGUGUUGAGAUUGACAUGGAGGAUAUAGCAGUCUAUGAUGAGACUGGGCUUGUUGGCAGGAUCGAGGGAAAUGCAAUGUCUUACAUAAACCUGCUCUAUACGGUGGUGGAUGAGAUUCUUCUUGAGGGCGGGGACGUUCCCAUGGGCGAGGAGCCGGAGGACAUCUUUUUCUACCACAGGGUGUCAAGGCUCAAGGAAAGGUUUCCAGAGAAGAGCGCCCUGGAGGUGUUUCCUUCGUUUCUGCUGAGGAGAUACUCAUUGGUGCUGAAGCCAAGGAGAAACUCACGGGUGUAUUCUGUGCGAGGACUGAAAUCGAUGCACAUUGGGUCGCUGGUUCGGGUAAGCGGGGUUGUUACAAAGGUUAGCCAGGUGAAGCCGAGCAUCAGGGUUGCAACGUAUGUCUGUGAGGGCUGUGGGGCAGAGACAUACCAGGAAGUGGACGGGGAUGUAUUUGACCUUCUGGAGGAGUGUGGAAGCGAAAAGUGUAGGAUCAGGAAUGUCCGAGGAACUCUGGUCCUUGUGACUCGGGGAUCGAAAUUCAUCAAGCACCAGACGGUCUACAUGCAGGAGCUGACUGGGGACAUUCCGCGUGGAUGCAUUCCGAGGACAUUGGUUGCUGAGUGCUAUUCCUCGAUGGCAGAGAAGUGCAGGCCUGGAGACGUGGUUGUGGUUGGAGGGGUGUUUAUGCCGAAGCCUUACCAUGGAAUAAAGAAACUAAAGGCCGGGCUACUUGCAGACAUCUACCUGCAUGCAACCAACAUUGAAAAGAUCGGGGCUGGUGCCCCCAAGGGCAAUGAAGAGGUGAAGGCAUACCCUGUGGAGCAGAUGGUAAGGUCUAUAGCACCCGAGAUUUUUGGGAUGGAGGACAUAAAGAAGAUACUGCUUCUGAUGCUUAUAGGGGCGCCUGGGAGAGUUCGGGAAGACGGAAUGAAGAUAAGAGGGGACAUAAAUGUGCUUCUUGUGGGAGAUCCAGGGAUUGCAAAGAGCCAGCUGCUGAAGACAUGUGUGAAGAUAGGUAGGAGAGGGGUGUAUACGACAGGGAAAGGGUCGAGUGGCGUUGGCCUUACGGCAAGUGUCUCCAAAGACCCUAUUACCGGAGAGAUGGUUCUUGAGGGGGGAGCGCUUGUUCUUGCUGAUGGAGGGAUAUGCUGCAUUGACGAGCUGGAUAAGAUGAAUGAGGUGGACAGGGUCAGCAUCCACGAGGUGAUGGAGCAGCAGAGUGUGUCCAUUAGCAAGGCAGGAAUCAACACAAGCCUGAAUGCAAGGUGCUGUGUCCUUGGUGCAGCUAAUCCCGUGAAGGGGAAGUACGACACAAGACAGAGUAUCGAGCAUAACAUCGGGCUUCCGUGUGCCCUUCUUUCCAGGUUUGAUGUUGUUGCCAUCCUAAGAGAUGAGCCGAACCUGGAGAAGGACGAAAGCCUGGCUAACCACAUUACCUCGAUCCAUCUACAUGAGGAGCCUGAAUCGAUUCCCUACGACAAGAUCAGAUUGAUUAUCGAUGAAGCAAAGAGGAUAAAUCCUGUUCUUCCAUCCCAUCUCUCGGGCAAGCUGACGGAUGCGUAUGUGAAGGCCAGGAAGGAGAGCCCCUAUGUAACGCCCAGAUACCUUCUAUCGCUCAUAAGGCUAAGUCUUGCACACUGCAGACUCCGGCUUUCCACAGACGUGAAUGAAGAUGAUGUCAACGAGGCGCUGAGGCUUAUGGAAGUGACAAGGAUUCCUGUUCCGAGGAAGAGGAGAGAAGAGGUGUCCAGCAAAAGAGCAAUAUAUAAUCUCAUUCUUUCUCUUGCUGGGGAGGAAGGGGGCAGAAGAUGUGUCAAGCUAGCGCACCUAUGGGAAGCAACCAAGGACAAAUACAGCGUCAGCGAGGUUGAAGACGUUAUCUCCGACUUUGCUUCAUGUGGAAUCUGGAUCAGAAAUAACGAAGAGCUAGUUAUUUUUAAUUAA